GUUGGGCGCAUUUCGUUUUGUGAUUUCAGUUUUGAAGAUCACUUUGCGUCGAACGGUUCAACUUCGUUGGUGGGAGCGAAAGUGAGACAGAUACACAGCGACAGAAGGAGAGAGAGAGAACGAAUGGAGUCUAUAAUUAAUUUGUGUACUUAAUGCAUUAAUAAAUAUUAUUAACUAAACAAAGCUGUGCAAAGCGAAGCUUCAACUUGAAUCAACAAUUUGCCGUCUUCAAUUGUCGGUCAAUCUUCAGUUCCGUAUAACAGUUCCGUAUAAUGUCAAGUCUUGACUUCAGAAAAUAAAUAAAAAUAAAUGUUAUAAAAUCCGGGGUCAGAAGUGCUUGGCGGCUGAUUAACGUUCAAUAGAAGCUCAUAGCGAACACCGCAGAAUAAAAAAGCACAAAACAGAGAAGAGAAAAACAACAAUACACACAACAACAACAAAAAGGGGAAACGGCGCGAAACACGUUUUGUGUGUGUGUUUUCCAGAAAGAAGCGAAAAACAACGCACAAAUCAAAUAACAAAAUAACUGAAAUUAUUGUCGUAAUCAUUGUUACUGUUACUGUUGUUGUUGUUGGCCCCAAAAUUAAAUUUAAACAACAAUAAAUUGCGUUUGAUCAGCAGGAGAGCAGAGAGCGAAGAGUGAAGAGAGAGCUCAGCUCAGGGCCAGGCCAAGAUCAGUUCAGACCAGAAUUGGAGUCAGCUGCUCAAUUGUUGUUGUUGUUUCGUCAUCAACUGAACCUGAUCUCAAUCUCGGAAGCGUGUCGGCUUUUGCUCUCUUACCAAAUAUGAGCAAAAGCCACUAACUAGCCCACAGCACAGACAACGUGUAAUCCAAGUAGCCGUGACUUGAACAACAAAAACAACAACAACUCACACACACACACACACACACACCUCGCACGCACACACACUUGGAAAGAUGGAACGAUCGCAUAGUUGCAGCAACUUUAUAGCUACAACAACUGUUGCACAACUCAAGGAUGAGCCGACAACACUUGCCACAAGCAGCGACAACUUGCCACAGAGUUGCAACAACAACAACCAUAGUAAUAAUAACAACACAAUGUCGCAACUUCCGCCCAAUAAACCGCUACGCAAACGUCGCAAGCUGCAGCGGCAACAAUUGGUGAUCGUGGAUGAUGUGGAUCCUGAUCUGAUCAUGGCCAUGGAAUGCGAGUGCGAAUGCGCCUAUGCUGCGGAUCUGGAGGAGAAUGCGGAUCCCGAUGUGGAUGAUGAGGUGCCGCGUCUGAUGCCGGCCAAACACUUGCCCCACCCGAUCCUCUCCGGCAAUCGCUGUCUGCGUCAUGAGGACUCCUUCGACUCGAGCAGCACGGCUCCAGAGAUGAGUCCACAGGCGGUGCGACAGCAUCGUUUCAGCAGCUUGUUGCUCCGCGACAGCUCCAUCUCCAUGCAGUCGGACUCGAGUCGAUACUCGAGCGUGGACAGUUUGUUGGAGUCCCGAAAGCCGGAUCCCGAGGCGAUCCUCAUCAAUCUGGGAUUUGGCCCCGUUGGCACCGAUGACAUGUUAUCCCGCAUCCCCAAGCGAUUCCUGAAGCCCUCCAAGGUGCCGGGCAUCGAUACCGAGGCGUUUGUCAAGCGUCUUCAGCUGGCCAGCUCUCUGGCGGACUCGAGUGCUCUUGGCUAUCGGGGACUCACAUCCAGCACCGAUCAACCGCCCUCCUCCAUUGUGGCCAAGAUCAUGCAGCGCUUCGAGGUCAACAAUCAACGCAAAAAGUCCAUGGGAAACAUUGAGCACACAAUUCGCUGACACUAGACUAUAUUAUUUAUCUUUUAACUGAAUUGUUAGAGUAUCCUUUAGACGGGGAUUCCCAUUUUGAGUAUAUUGUCUUGUGAUCGAUCCAGCAUGUAUCUUUUUAUCAUAUCUUGUAUAAACUUAAGUUAGCUCUAAGUUAGCUGGGUAUUCCCCUUAUUGGAUAAUUGUCUUGUGAUGUUCAUCUUGUCCAUUAGUCGUUAGUUAUGCCGCGUACUUAGCAAUGUAUUACUGUACCUACUACCAAUUACCGUUUGCCCAUCUAUUUACCAUGUUUACACUUAAGACUUGAACAUUAAAAACAACAUUUACAAUUGAAAA